AAAGAAUUUUUUAUUUUUAAAUAACUGGGUUGAGCACCAACCAAUGUCAACAAAUAUCAAAUCCACACUCCGCAGAAAUCAAUCUGAGUCGUUCAUCACACAUCAUAGAUGAACAUCAACCUUCCAACACAUGAUCGUUUGGACAGCGGUUAUUACGACCUCUAACAGCAACUCAACCCCCCAGGUAUAACGGCACCAAACAAUCUGAACACACAAAGCAAAGAUAGAUAGAGAAAUAGAGGGACAAAGGGCAGAGAGAUAGAGGGAGGAGAGAGAGAAGACAAACAACUAUUGAAGAAGAAGAAGAAAGAUCAAAUUUUUUUAUCAAAUUAUAUUCUUUAUCAACAUAAUCAACCUCCACAUCUAUCUACCAAUCGUAUCUGCUGAUCAAAUUAGCUAAAAAACUCGCUAAUUUAUACUUUUUCUUUAUUAAAUUAUUGAAGAGGCUGUACUAAUUUGCUGAGGAAAAGGUGGGAGGGGGAGAAUUUGACGGUGCUGUUUUGGGGAAUUAGGGUUUUUGUUUUUGGCUGGUGGUGGUGUGAUGGGGUUGGGGAAUAGUGAAAAUGAUGUGGUCGUUGAUGAUGGAGAUGGUGGAGAUGGUGGUGGUGGCGGUGGUGGAGGAGGAUGCGGAAAGUCGUUUGGGUCUGUUUCGUGUUCGAUUUGCCUUGAAGUGGUCACCGAUAGCGGGGAUCGAUCGUGGGCCAAGCUUCAAUGUGGACAUCAAUUCCACUUGGAUUGCAUUGGUUCAGCAUUUAAUAUAAAGGGCACUAUGCAAUGCCCUAAUUGUCGGAAAAUUGAAAAAGGCCAGUGGCUUUAUGCAAAUGGUUGCCGUUCAUUGCCAGAAUUUAGCAUGGAUGACUGGGCCCAUGAUGAGGACCUUUAUGACCUAAGCUACUCUGAAAUGUCCUUUGGAGUUCAUUGGUGUCCAUUUGGUAGUUUAGCACGACUUCCAUCAUCCUUUGAGGAAGGGGAAUUUUCAUCAAAUGCAUAUCAUGAUCUAGUAGGACAGCAUGCUAUCUUUGCAGAACACACAGCAGCUGUAUCAUCAGCUACUCACCCAUGUCCAUAUAUUGCUUAUUUUGGACCAAUUCAUCCAUCAUCUUCCAACUCCAAUGCAAGUGUUUCAGAUAGUUCGAAUUUUAAUAAUCACUGGAAUGGUUCUUCAGUACCUAGUGACAUUCCUAGUUCCUAUGCUUUUUCUGCCAUGGAUCUCCAUUAUCAUGGCUGGGAGCACCAUUCCCCUGCCUUCUCUACAACUAGCAGUCGCAUUGGAAAUCCUGAUCAGCCUUCAAUUCCACCCGUUACUCAAAGGCCAGCCAGAAGCAGUUCUGAUCUUUCAAGAUCAGGAUCAUUCAUGCAUCCUUUCGUUGUUGGCCACAGUUCUGGUGCUAGAGCUGGAAGCUCAGUUGCUUCCUCAAUGGUUCCACCUUACCAAGGCAGUAAUGCCCGGGCUCGUGAUAGAGUUCAAGCUCUUCAGGCAUACUAUCAACAACCUGGAAAUUCUACAGCAACACGUGCACCCAUUAUUUCUGGAACCCGAAGAUCCAGCAGUCACAGAGGAGGUUUGUCUCAACUAGGAGCGGUGGCCUCAUCAUCAGAUCAAACUGGGUUCUAUUUCAUCCCACCCGGUACAUCAGGUCGUAACUACCAAGAAGCAGAAAAUCAUCCACCAACUCGAUUUCGGGCAUGGGAAAGGAAUCACUUGCCUGCAUUCUCAUUAAGUCAAGUUGACAGAGAAUCAAAUUGGGUUGCAUUUCAUCAGGCUGCAGGUGCAUCAGAUGGUGGCAUCAGAUCGGGCAGCUUUCGCCAAAGGCAUGGAUCUGAGAGAAUGUCAUCGCAAAAUCGAUCAUAGCUUUCUUGAUUAUCCUUUUGGGUGAAGCAAACUAUCAGUACUGAGACCAAAGUUAUGUAUGCUUGAAAAACGAUAUAUAAUGCUUGGAGUCUGUCGAUCACGACAGACUGAAAAUACUGUGGAGUGGCCCUGAAAACGAUCUUUUUUUGGCAGCCACCUGGCUGUGCUGAACUUUGGCAUCCUCUAGUUUCUUUGCCUUGGAGGGUAUAAAAUAAGAUCAUGGGUUGGCUAGUAUUAGCUGCCUUGUUUAGUAGGAA